GGCGGCGGGCUGUCCCCGCCCGGCGGCGGGCAGGUGACCCGCCCCGCUGGGUACACGCGUGAGUGUCACCGGGGGGGCCGGCGCGGCUCGGGGCUCCCGCUCGGGCGGGGGGGCCGCUCGGAGCCCGCGGGGCCGGGGACCCGCGUCCUGGCGCCGCCGCGGUCAAAGAGCUCCCGGGCAGCCCCGGUCCCCCGGGGGAAGCGCGGUGCAGGAGCCGAGCCGAGCGCUCGCAGCAGUGCCCCGGCCAGGGAAGCUGCUCGGCGGCUCUAAAGGAGCCAGAGUUGGUGCUCGGUGUCACUUGGCGCUGCCUUAAGCGCUGGAACUGAAAGGACCGGCGGCGGAGCGGGGAGCUGUGAGGUGUCUGCUUUUUUUCCACCGAUCUAACAGACCUGGAGCCAGCAAGACUCAGAGGAAAGGACUUAAUCAGGUUUAUGUGUACUAAAGGUUAUGAAGACAGUAUGGAGUUUCCUGACCACAGUAGACAUUUGCUACAGUGUCUGAGUGAGCAGAGACAUCAGGGUUUUCUUUGUGAUUGCACUGUUCUGGUAGGAGAUGCCCAGUUCCGAGCGCACAGAGCUGUACUGGCUUCAUGCAGCAUGUAUUUCCACCUCUUUUACAAGGACCAGCUGGACAAAAGGGACAUUGUUCAUCUGAACAGCGACAUUGUUACAGCCCCAGCUUUCGCUCUCCUGCUUGAAUUCAUGUACGAAGGAAAGCUCCAGUUCAAAGACUUGCCCAUUGAAGACGUGCUAGCAGCUGCCAGUUAUCUCCACAUGUAUGACAUUGUCAAAGUCUGCAAAAAGAAGCUGAAAGAGAAAGCAACCACGGAGGCAGACAGUACAAAAAAGGAGGAAGACGCCUCAAGUUGUUCAGACAAAGUGGAGAGCCUCUCCGACGGCAGCAGCCACAUGCCAGGAGACUUGCCCAGUGAUGAAGAUGACGGAGAAGAUGAAAAAUUGAACAUCCUGCCUAGCAAAAGGGACUUGGCGGCUGAGCCUGGGAACAUGUGGAUGAGAUUGCCCUCAGACUCAGCAGGCAUUCCCCAGACUGGCGGAGAGGCAGAGACGCACACAGCAGCAGCUGGAAAAACAGUAGCCAGCCCCUGCAGCUCAACAGAGUCUUUGUCCCAGAGGUCUGUCACCUCCGUGAGGGAUUCAGCAGAUGUUGACUGCGUGCUGGACCUGUCUGUCAAGUCCAGCCUUUCAGGAGUUGAAAAUUUGAACAGUUCUUAUUUCUCUUCGCAGGACAUGCUUAGAAACAGCCUGGUUCAGGUGAAGGUGGAAAAAGAGGCUUCCUGUGAUGAGAGUGAUGUUGGCACUAAUGACUAUGAUAUGGAACAUAGCACUGUGAAAGAAAGUGUGAGCACUAAUAACAGGGUACAGUAUGAGCCGGCCCACCUGGCUCCGAUGAGGGAAGAUUCGGUCUUGAGGGAGCUAGAUAGAGAGGACAAGGCAAGCGAUGACGAAAUGAUAACUCCAGAGAAUGAGAGAGUCCAGGUGGAAGGAAACAUGGACAGCAGCUUGCUCCCUUAUGUGUCAAACAUACUUAGCCCUGCUGGCCAAAUUUUCAUGUGUCCUCUCUGCAACAAGGUCUUUCCUAGCCCCCACAUCCUGCAAAUUCAUUUAAGCACGCACUUUCGAGAGCAGGACGGGAUCCGCAGCAAGCCUGCUACCGAUGUCAAUGUCCCGACCUGCUCGUUGUGUGGUAAGACUUUUUCUUGCAUGUACACCUUGAAACGUCAUGAGAGGACUCAUUCAGGUGAAAAGCCCUACACUUGCACCCAGUGUGGGAAGAGCUUCCAGUACUCCCACAACCUGAGCCGCCACGCAGUGGUUCACACGCGGGAGAAGCCUCAUGCUUGUAAGUGGUGUGAACGCAGGUUCACACAGUCCGGAGACCUUUACAGACACAUUCGGAAGUUUCACUGUGAGUUGGUGAACUCAUUGUCUGUCAAAAGCGAAGCACUGAGCUUACCUACUGUCAGAGACUGGACCUUAGAAGAUAGCUCACAAGAACUUUGGAAAUAAAAUUUUUAUAUAUAUAAAUAAUAUAUAUAUAAAUCUAUAUAGUUGUGGUACAGUCUAAAAGCAAUCUUGUUUCCUUGAACUGAAAGUUUGGCUAUUAGCUUGUUUUUGCACUUUAAGGCAGCAUGAAUAUUUCACUAAUUUAGCACUCCAGUAAAAAUGAAUUGUAGAGGUAAUCCGACAAAGUAACUAAUUGCGGAGCGUAUUUUCCCCCCUUUUCGGAAUAGAAGCCAGCGGAUACUUUACUUCUAAGGAAUCUCCAAUUCAAAAAAUUUGGACGUGGCUUUAUUCUCCCCAAAACACUGCGUUCUUUUAAACUCUUGAUCUUUUUCCCCUCUUAAAAUCUGAAUGUAGAAAUCCUCUCCCAAUUUUGUCAGUUCCUUUACAUUUCUAUAAUUGCAUGAGUCCUUUCUAGCUGUUGGAAACCUGAAUGCUUUUAGACCCAAAUGGAAAAUUUCUGAAAUGCUGGAUUAUCUAUUUUUAAACAAGCGGUUGACUUAAAACUUAUUAUGGCAACUUCUGGAUUUCUGACAGUUCCCACUGGAAAAAAACCACAAAAAAAACCAACACAAAAACAUAAAACAAAAACCCUGAGAGUACACUGGGAUCACUGGGACUCUGUCUUACGUGAAGGUUUGCUUGGGAUGAAAAAGGAUAUUGCAGCUUCAGCAGUGAUGAACUGUGUGUUUAAAAAAUGUGAAUUACUGUUAUUGUAUACUGUAAUUGAUUACAUGGGCCGGGGGGAGGUAUCAAAGAACUUGGCAGGUUGUGUUGAUGCUCUUAGUUGAGUCUUGAAAAGUAAAUAUUAACGCUACAGAAAUGCAUGAUUUUCAGUAUAUUUUUGUCUUUGUUUGCAUUGUAUAACUUUAACGAGUGAGUUGAAAAUUAUUUAAUUUCCUUAGGAAAAAAACCUGACACCGUUGAAAAUGCCAGUGUUAUAAAGACGAGAAAUGCACUGUUUUUAUUUUAUCUAAUUUAAAAUUACUUUCCCACUGUCUUUAAGUUUGAGAAGAACUUAAGCUACGAGUUGCCGAUCUAGCUACGUUAACAAGGAGAAAAAAAUUGAAUGUUUACAACCAGGCUUCGAGAUUUGCAUGUGCGGUGUGCAUUUACUAACCCCAGACCCCUUCUAAUUGCACAGACCCCACGCCAGCUCCAACUGAGGUGCGUCCAUUUCCCCAGAUGAGCAUUUGUAGGAUUCCUGCUGCACCACUCCACCACAAUAGGUCGUUCUUUUUUUUUCCCCCCCGUUGAAAAGAGGCUGUGGACUGAAAAAAAAAAGCAAAAAAAGCCCCGGGCUGAAAGGCCUGGGCAGGCCUGAGUGACAGGGGGGGCCGGGGGGGCCGGGGAAGGACUAUGCGUAUCCAAGCAGCAGAGACUGCAGCCUGACGUGUGGUUUUAAUGACCAACACGCAGGUCAAAAGCAUUUUGCACAGUGUUUGUUUUCCUGUCUUGCACUUACAAAUAAGGUCUAUGGGAGUAGCAUGGAAAACGUUUGCUGUUUUUUCUUUUUUUUUUUUCCUUUUUUUUUUUCUCUGCUUUUGUUUAAAAUUUGAUCGCCUUAACUACUGUAAACAUAGCCUAUUUUUGUGCUUAAGAUACUGAAUGGAAAACUCCAUUGUGUAUUGCUGGACUGUUUUGGAAAUAUUUGGUCAAAUGUGUGUUAAUUUGGCUGUAAUGGCAUUUAAAACAAAAAAAAAGCUGUGAAAAUGGCCUUGGAGCGUUAUCUUUAGUUACUUGAAUAGUUUCUAGGUUUAAAACUACAUUCUUUUCUUAAGUUAGAAAAGACAAUCAGUGUCUGAGGAAAAUGGACUUUCUCUUGGAUUUUUUUGUGGUCCUCGUGAGUGAUUGCUUUUUUCCUUUCCUUAGUUUCACAUUCUUCUUUUGUUCUAAAACUUAGACUGACAUCUAGCUUUGACAAUCAUAGUAUGUUUUAUUUUCCUGAGGAGGGAAUAACUUAUAAUGCUGUUUAGUUUUGUACUAUUGGUGUGUUGGUGAAUUUUUAAACUGUGUGCUAACUGCAAUAAAUUAUAUGAACUGAGAAA